AGAGGAGUGUUUGGCUCCUUCCCUCACUCUUCUUCCCUCCUGCUUGUCUCUAAGUCAACAUGAAUCGGCAGUUUAGUUGCAGGUCUGGGUACCGGAGUGGAGGGGGCUUCAGCUCUGGCUCUGCUGGGAUGGUCAGCUGCCAGCGCAGGACUACCAGCAGUUCCAUGCGCCGCAGUGGGGGCGGCGGUGGGAGAUUUUCAGCCUGCGGCGGCGGUGGUGGUGGUGGCGGCAGCGGUGGUUUUGGAAGUCGGAGUCUUGUUAACCUUGGUGGUAGCAAAAGCAUCUCCAUUAGUGUGGCCAGAGGAAGCGGACGUAGUGGUUUUGGUGGUGGUUAUGGUGGUGGUGGCUUUGGUGGUGGUGGUUUUGGAGGUGGUGGCUUCGGAGGUGGUGGCUUUGGAGGUGGUGGCUUCGGAGGCGGUGGCUUCGGAGGCGGUGGCUUUGGUGGGGGUGGUAGUUUUGGCGGUAGAGGUGGUUAUGGGGGUGGUGGAUAUGGGGGUGGCCAAGGGCCUGUCUGCCCCCCUGGUGGCAUACAGGAAGUCACCAUCAAUCAGAGCCUUCUGCAACCCCUCAAUGUGGAGAUCGACCCUGAGAUCCAGAAAGUGAAGUCGCAGGAAAGGGAGCAAAUCAAGUCACUCAACAACCAGUUUGCCUCCUUCAUCGACAAGGUGAGGUUCCUGGAGCAGCAGAAUCAGGUGCUGCAAACAAAGUGGGAUCUGCUGCAGCAGGUGGACACCUCCACCAGAACCCACAAUCUAGAUCCUUACUUUGAGAACUUCAUCGCCCUGCUCAGAAGGCAAACAGAACAGCUGAAGAAUGAUCAGUCUCGGAUGGACUCAGAACUGAAGAACAUGCAAGACAUGGUGGAGGAUUAUCGGAACAAAUACGAGGAUGAGAUCAACAAGCGGACAAAUGCAGAGAAUGAAUUUGUGACCAUCAAGAAGGAUGUGGAUUCUGCUUAUAUGAACAAGGUGAACCUGCAGGCCCAAGUUGACAACUUGCGGCAGGAAAUUGACUUCCUCACAGCACUCUACCAAGCAGAGGUGUCUCAGAUGCAGACUCAAAUCAGUGAAACCAGUGUCAUCCUGUCCAUGGACAACAACCGCACCCUCGACCUGGACAGCAUCAUUGCUGAGGUCAAGGCCCAGUAUGAGGAGAUCGCCAAGAAGAGCAAAGAUGAGGCCGAGACCUUGUACCAGUCCAAGUAUGAAGAGCUGCAGAUGACUGCUGGCAAACAUGGGGACAGUGUGAAAAACUCCAAGAUUGAGAUCUCUGACCUGAAUCGUGCAAUACAGAGACUUAGAUCUGAAAUUGACAACGUCAAGAAGCAGAUCAGCAACUUGCAGCAGUCCAUCUCAGAUGCCGAGCAGCGCGGUGAGAAUGCCCUCAAGGACGCCAAGGGCAAGCUGAAUGACAUGGAGGAUGCCCUCCAGCAGGCCAAGGAGGACCUGGCCCGUCUGCUGCGUGACUACCAGGAGCUCUUGAACAUCAAGCUGGCCCUGGAUCUGGAGAUUGCCACCUACAGGACCCUCCUGGAGGGCGAAGAGAGCCGGAUGUCUGGAGAGUGUCCCCCGAGCGUGAGUGUGUCGGUGAACACCAGCCACACCAGCAUCAGCGGAAGCAGCCACCGAGGUGGCUCUGGAGGGGGUGGCGGCAGCACCUCUGGCGGCCGGGGUUCCGGCGGCGGCAGCUCCGGGGGCUCCUCGGGAGGCCGGGGUUCGAGCUCCGGGGCCGUCAAGUCCUCCGGCAGCAGCUCCGGUGUGAAGUUUAAUUCCAGCACUUACUCCCGAGAAGUCAGAUAG